AUGUCGUAUUUGAGGAAGGAUCGGGUGUACGUGGUCAGCAACUUCUUUGCUAUGACCAUGGCGGGGUUCGCCGCCUUCAUGAGCAGCGACUUCAUUCGGCUGCUGUCGUUUGACACAGUUGGCGACGAGUCUUACUGGAUUUUCGCGUACCAGAUGACGAUGUGGUGUUCCACCAUCGCAGCUUCACUCGUCAAGACACCCGCAGCACCCAGCCUUAUGUACUGCCUACGGUUCAACGUAUUCUUCUUGGUUGCCGCAGGCAUUGGAUUCUUCACGCAGUGGUUUGAGUCCAUUUCGUUCCAUCUUGUCGUCAUAUUUUGGGCGUACAUCGCCGGAAUGGCGCUGGUGAACGCUGUUGUCUUUGCCUCGUACCAUCAUUCGGGGUCGCGUGGACUCAUGCUUGGCUCUAUGCUUUCGUUCGCGACUACCUACGGCGUCCUCGAGCUGGUGAAGUAUUGGACGUGGAAGCACGGGGAUUUGGGAAAAUAUCGCAACAUCGUAUUGGCAUAUCUUGUCCUGAGGCUUGUGAUGAACUGCGCUGCGAUGUCGUUCCUUUCGUCCGGCGCGCAGGAAACACACUUCGAGCAAUUUGACAAGGCUUUCGAGCUAAUCAAAAAGAAUGUAAUGAUGGAGUGGUUGAGUGGAACUUUACACGAGAGGGAAACUCAACUGGCUCUAAAGGAAGUCACACCGCAUUACGUGAGCCCGGUCGCUGGUGUUCGCUAUAUUUUUGAAGACUCAAAUCUCACGGUGGUUUGGCUUAUUUUCAUGGCCCUAUGCCUCAGCUGUUCGAUAUUCACGCCACAUGUCGGGGCUGCUAAUUGGGACCUCUCAGUUUUCAAAAUGGGUCACGUCGAUAGGGCGGAACACGUUGGCAAUCUUAUGGGUGUCAUUGUGGCAGUCAUGUGCAAGCAUUCAUGGUUGGGAGCCGUUGGUAUGGGGCUUUUGUACGUGGUUCACGCAGGUUUGGCGCUAUUCCUGACAGUCUACGUGCACAGUUACAGGAUGAGCUUACGCAUCCCCAUGGAGGCUAUGUGCGUACUGACCUGUAUCAAUGCCCUUUUAGGGAGCUUCCUUACAGUCGCCACUUUCACACACUUUUUUGAACUAGCGGUCAACUUGAAAUGCAACAGUGAAAAAGAAACGCCUGAGCUGCCGCAAGUGUGCUGCCGUGAUGACGAAAGUUCAGAGUGCCUGUGCAGUGAACAGUUCUGUGAAGAAAAAUGCAGCAGAAAGAAGUGUGCCGUUGAUGAUAGCAAAAAGAUAAGAGUGUAUAUUCCUCCGAACACCGAAGAAAUGUACACCCUUUGGCACCCUGACCAUUGCCUAUUAUGUUGGAUCUAUAGGCAUAACCCCGAUGAGGUAUGCAACAUACCAGAGGGGAAGCGGACAAACACAGAGCGAGCAAAGAUAGAUGAAUGUGAAUCCUAUCUUCUUAGGAACUGCAAAGUAUCUUUAUGUGGGUAUUGUGAUAUGAACGUGCUCCUGGAAUGUGUUAAAAUAAAGUGCACUUGCGAAGAGAAGUGCGAGAUUCCGCUGCCAAAUGCCAAUAUGUAUAAGGAGGACGAUGACUGUCAGAAGGAAUUAAAAGAAAAGGAAAAUAAAGAAAAGGAGAAGAAAGAAAAAGGACAACAUGAAACGAACACUGUGAGCGAGGUUUCACCGUCUCAGGAACAGCAAACUGCUGACCAAGCGUGUCCCAAUGAGAAAAAGGAAAAAGACAAAGAAGAUGGGGAAAAACAAGAAAGCCCACCCAAAGCAAAGGGAGAUGAAGAAAACGGGAAGGAAAACAGUGAGGAAUCCGAUGAAGAUACGGAUGAGAAACCUGUUAGGAAAGAGCUACACGAAAUUUGUUUGUGUUCCGGUAAGAAUAUAUCAAUCGUAACAACAUCGUCCUCUGAAUUCAUUGUUAAAGAUACUUCGUGCUGUGAAACGAAAGCCAAAGAUGUUGCCCCGAAGGAAACAGAUCAAGAGUGCGAACCCAGUGGCAGAGAAUUCAGGCUGUCAUCGAUGCGUUCUUAUUCUUGUUGCCACUAUGAUCUGAAGGUUAUGAUGCGCCUUAAGGAACCCAAUAGCAACUUUCACUUAAUGCAAGAGCCAUACCCCGGAAAAUUUGACCCCAUAGGUUGUUUAGUGUUUAAUGGCAGUUGUAUGAAAAAAGAGGAACAUAAAAAAUCUGAUCAGGAAAGAAGAGAAAAGGGCGAAAAGGAAAAGAAAAGGAAAUGUUCUGUUUUGGAUGUAGAUAAGGACGAUGAAUCCUUGAAUUAUGCUUGUCGUGAUUCUGUAUUAUCUUCAAUAACGAGGGUCCCAUGUGAUAAAAAUGCUAAAGGUGACAAUGGGCUAUGUGCAUGUUGCAAAGCGGCGCAAGUAUAUGCAAAAAACAAAAAAGAGGAGAAUAAAAGUUCCGAAACACCCUCACCAAAACCUGAGCCACAACAGCCGUCUCCGAAGAAAGAGGAACAAGAACAUCCCGACUGUUGCCAUAUGAAAGUGCAACCAACGGCUUUACCCUUCCAUUUCAAGGAUAUUGACUUAAAGAGGAACAGCUAUGUGGGCGCCCUUUUCUUCAUCAUUCUUGUAUUCGGAACUGCGAAGCUCAUCAUUGCCAUUACUUUCGCUGCAUUAGAGGUUAAAUACGGAUUAGAUCUUUCAUCCAACUUCAAAGUCAUACAACCCUUCUACGAGAAAUCGGAAGACCCUUUGACGUAUGGCAUAGAUACAAGCCUAACUAAUGAGCAGUUGAUGAAACACUUCGAAGAACAAAUGGAAUAUGUCAGCCCACCUAAAUUGGCAUCAAUGGUCCCAUUGCAGCGAUGGAUGGAAUCACCGUCGUUCGACAGUAUAUAUGAAGAUAACGUGAGAGUCUUUUCGCCGAAAUCCGAGAAACACGCUACAGCUGGGGAGAGCUGUGUUAAGAAUGAAGACAAGGAUGCCAACAAUGAUAGCAGAGGUCUCGAUGAGAACGAUGUCCUCGUGUCCAGUGGCUUUGGUUUGCCUUCGAUUAACCAGCUGGGUAACGAUGAGGACGCAGGGAUUGCAGUUGAAGAACAAGAGGCACACAAUCUCGGAAGCAGCAAGGAGAGCGGUGAUGCCGGAAGCAGAAUGAUAAAUGGCAACCGUAAAGGCAAUGACAAAAGCGCUUCUGAGCCUCACAGUAAAGAAGGCAGCGUAGUAAGCGCGGAGGAUGACGAGGAAAAUGAUGUUGAUGUUGCACCAAAGUCAACGGGAGGUGCGGCUGUUGAACAGGUUGUCCGUAGUUCAGUUGAAGCUGGCGAAUCGGAUCGUGAAAACAAGUCAGAUGACGAAGAAGAGGAUCUGACACUGGUGGGCCGUGAGAAGAAGGUCAUGGAAGAAGUCCUGGAGCAGUACAAGUGGCUCUGCAACGACCUCGAGUUUGCCUUUGUGGAAAACUGGGUACAGGAGACCACCGAUUUGAAGAAUAAGGAAGACGCUGAUGUGGACAAAAUAAAGAGAAUCCGACGUGUCAAGUGGUGUUUGGACAGUGGACUCAAGAUGUACUCGUAUCAGAGCGCCGAUGCUAUAACGGUUUACUUGAAAAGCACCAACGAGAAGUGGGACGUCGAGAUGCAACACUUCCAGUCCGGAGUUACCCACAAGCUCAAGGUGGUUGGUGACAACGUUUCUAUGCUGUCCCCAAUGAAGAUGGCCAAGAUCGGUGACCAUGAUUGGCAGACUGCUCUUACUGACGCCCAAAUCACGCUGUGGAAGGAAGCAAGCGCAGACGCCGACAACCUCGCGAGAAUAACCAAGAAAGACGAGCAACUGACCAAUGUAGUGGAUGUAGCGAGGGGAGUUGACAUUAUCGUGAAGACGCUUGACCUUUGGAAGUACAGAGUUGAGGUGAUCAACGAACUUACAAACGAUGGCAAUGUAUUCUUGAGCUGGCGCCCGUUUUUGGCCAACUGGGAGCAAAUUCUUAAGUGGGAAGAAAGGUUCCUUCCUAUGUACCUCAAAGAGUACAGAGGUGUGAAGUCUCUCGAGACAGACGGCGCAGAGGCUCAGAAGUGA